AAUGGGCGCCUUGGAUUUGCAGUGUCCUUUUCAACUUUGUCAAAGAAUGAAGACUAUCGACAAAUCCUCGUGGCCACUUCGAGAGUUUGUUUUGUUUCAAUGCGACUCGUGGUUGAAAAGUAAAUAUUCAACUGUGUUACAAUUGACCAGAUGCAUAGAAGAAUCAAGAAGCCAAAAUAAAGCCGAUUCCAAGAGAAAACUAAAAUUAGUUGUAAAGGACUCGACAGGACAAGUCUUAGAAAGGCAUUUACUUUCUAUUUCCCCCAGAGAAUAUCCAUCAAGUUCGCAGGAAUGGACUUUUGUCAUGAAAAGAUUCGAUACUCGUCUCAUGUUCUGCAGAGAAAAAACAAAAACCAGAUUUGCUAUUGCCCUUUUUAAAGAAGAGGAAGCAAUAGAAGCAGCAAACAUUUUAAAUGAUUUUGUUUUCACAGAUACUGGUCAUUUAAGAGGUAAGAAGAAAGUACAGGAUAGUCUUCCCAAUAGCCAAAGAGAUGUGGAAACUGUUUGUUCUACAGAGAUUAAAUGUACACAGCCGCCUGAAAUAAGAUGUCCAAACGAAGAUGUUUCAAAUGAUUGUUCGAUGAUGAUUAACAACAAACAGUUGGAGAGGAACACAUCAAUAGAGAUGUCCUUGAAACCCAUUCUUCGAUCUACUUGUACAGAUGUUGACACCAUGGAAAUGAGAAACCUAAUUUGCUUGCAUACAAAGAGGAGACUAUCCAAGUUGCCCAAUUAUCUAAAUUUAUUUAAAUAAAAUCAUAAUUGCCUUUUUCUAACGAGUCCUUCGUGGUCUAGGGGUUAGGAUAGUGGUCUCUCACACCACAGGCCCGGGUUCGAGUCCCGGCGAAGGAAUUUUUUUGG